AUGUCGACAGUGGCGGCAUCCGCAAGGGCAGAAACAGGAAGUCACGAUUCUCAUAGUGAUACCACCACCGCAACCAGCAUCGGCGUCAACAACAAAAACCACUACGACAUAUUCGUUUCUCUCCAGCCCGCCGGCGGCCCUCCAACACCAAUCUCCAACGACUCCACCUCUUCCCAAGUACUCCUCGUCACCCAGGUAGAUCGCGUUUACCAGCCCCGCGGCACCACCACAACUUCAACAGCGAAAUCAUCAUCAUCACUGCCCAGGCAGAUAGUGGUGGAAUCACAUCGCUCCAGAUUCACAAUCCCCACCGACGACGACUCGUUCGGCGUCGAGUCCGUCUCCAAGAACAUGGUGUGUUCGAGUUUGAACCUCCCCUUCCCGUUGGAGAACAACAUCCAGUGGAGAUCGCUACCAUCUUAG